CUGAACUCCUUUUUUCCCUUUCUCAGGUUACUCGACGUGUGCCAGGGCCAGGUGGAGCAGGACCGCCGCCUCAACCUGGUGCUGGUGCUGGAGUACGUGAACCAGGACCUCUUCCACUACCUCAGGGGAUGUCCCACCCCCGGGUUGGACCAGGCGAGAAUUAAGAGCCUGAUACACCAAAUCCUGUGCGGCGUGGACUUCCUGCACAGUAACCGCAUCAUCCACCGGGACCUCAAGCCCCAGAACAUCCUCGUCGACAGAACCGGCCGCGUCAAGAUCACAGACUUCGGCCUCGCCAGGAUAUACGACUUCAACAUGCGGCUAACGACCAUGGUGGUCACGUUGUGGUACCGGGCCCCCGAAAUCCUGCUCAGCACCAGCUACGCCACGCCCGUCGAUGUCUGGUCCUGCGGCUGCAUCUUCGCCGAACUCUUCCGCCGGAAACCCAUGUUCGAGGGACACACGGAGGGAGACCAGCUGCAGAGGAUAUUCGACGUGAUCGGGACGCCCCACGAGCGUGACUGGCCCAGGGACGUCUCGCUCUCCCUCAACAACUUCCGGAACCACCACCCGAAGGAGGUGCGCGACGAGGUGCCGGAGAUCACGGACGUCGCUUCAGACCUCCUCCAGAAAAUGCUGAAGUUUGUGCCCAGCCGCCGCAUCUCCGCCAGCCAGGCCCUACAGCACGACUACUUCAGGGAACUCAACGCGCCCCGCCUCAUGGCCAGCAGCAACCGAUCCACGCUCACCCAGCAAGUCCUCAGCCCUGCCCCCCUCGCCACCAGCAGCCCCACCAACCACCACCACCUCCACCACCACCACCCCCGCCACACGAACGCACCCCCUUCCACCACCUCCACCACUACCACCACCACCACCGCAGAUAACCCCGCAGUCCCCUCUCAGGUCAACACCAAUGACGAGAACAACCCCAACGCAGGGAACAGUGCCAACACCAACAACGCCAUGCUCUCGAGGGCGCCAGAACCCAAGGCCAUCAUCACUGCCACCACCUCCACCAACACCGACACCAGCACCGCCAUAUCACCCUCCACACCACAGCCCGUCACCACCACCACCGCCAUCCCCGCGCCCUCACCCACCUCCGGCAGCGCCUCCUCCAGCAUGUAGUUAGGCCAGAAGGUUCCUCCACCCCACAUACACGCUAAGAAAUGGGAUGUGAGUGGGCGAUAUGGGUGGAAAUGGGCGUUUUGUGCCUUGAAAUGGGUAUAACAAGGCCUCCUGUGCCUCCGUCAGUGCCUACUUCAAUAUAUGUUUGCCCCAGAAGGUUCCUCCACCCACGGACACGCUAAGAAAUGGGAUGUGAGUGGGCGAUAUGGGUGGAAAUGGGGGUUCUGUGCCUUGAAAUGGGUAUAGCAAGGCACCAUCACCGCCCUCCCGUGCCUCCGUCAGCGCCUACUUCAAUAUAUGUUUGCCCCAGAAGGUUCCUCCACCCACGGACACGCUAAGAAAUGGGAUGUGGGUGGGCGAUAUGGGUGGAAAUGGGGGUUCU